AAUUAGAAUACUUUCCAAUUUUCAUUCAUCCUACUAUAUACCGAGAAUGACAAAAUAUAAGGGUACUUUUAAUGAUUAUAAUAAUUUUAAAAUCAAACAUAUACGCUAUAUGUAUCUUCUCAAGUCUUCCGAAAAAAACUCGAAAUAAUGAGCUACAGUGGUACAUAUUGUAUUUAUAUAUAGGUAUCUACCCGCGCACGGUGGCGACGGUCGCUUGUCAGUUUUUCGAACAGACACCAUAAUUCGCGCGGACACCCGCGAUUGGACUCCUACCAAAAGGCCGCCACCGCCGCCCCCUAAAUAAUAUCGUCUGCUCGACGCGCGCACGCACGCGCGUCCGUCGUAGAGGCGGUCUCAUUUUUAUAUAUUUUUACGUGUGGAUAUACCGCACUGAAUAUCCUGCGUCUCGGAUCGUCACAGUAUGUCUUCGCGUACCGCCGCCUCCGCCGCGAUAACUGCACUUGAGCACGUCAUAUUAAAUGUAAUAAUACCAUAAAAUAUAUUUCUAUUGAUUAUUGUCGAUAUUAUUAUAACUAGUAUAACAAAAAUAAAUAAAUAUCGGUCCGUUUCGUUAGCUAUAUGUUUAUAUAAUAAUAAUAAUAAAACGUAUUAAUAACGCACCUCAACUGUCACGAUAAUUUUUGUAUGCGUUUCGAAAGUGGUUUCGUCCUGCACAUGCUCGGCGAACAGGGCGCCGCCGUUGGCGGGUACGGUAGGCCCGAGGACGAGUACGCGUCCGAAAACACUAAGAGGUUCACGGUGGACUCGCUCUUGCAAGUCCGGAGGCCGGCUAUCGCGGCGACCGACGACAAUAAGCGGCCGGCAUCCAUCUGCAUGACACCCUGCUACGAAGUUGAAACGAAUUCUACAGAGACGGAUGGUCAACGGAAAAGCAAACCAAGAAGAAAUCGUACUACAUUUUCUAGUUGUCAGUUGCGAGCAUUAGAAAAAGUUUUUGAAAGGACACAUUAUCCAGACGCGUUUGUUAGAGAAGAACUAGCAAGAAGAGUUUGUCUGUCUGAGGCCAGAGUUCAAGUUUGGUUUCAAAAUCGACGGGCGAAAUUCAGACGGAACGAGAGAAGUAGUCUGUCGAGGAAUAACCCCGCACUAUCCACUGCGCCCGAUUGCAGAUCCCCGAAUGUGGAACAACCCCUUUUACCAAGGUCCAAUACGAACGCCGUUCACUCGGAACCACCGUUUACAGCUGGCUCCAGUUUUGGCGGACUCCUAGACUACUCAGCAUGGAAAUCGAAUGGCUUGUCACAGUGCGGAAUGUUCCAACACUCCUCAAGUUACCCGGCUUUCUUACCUACAGCAGUUUCCGCCACAGGAAGUCAUGCCCACGGUAAUCCUUCGAUGUCGAUGUCAGUUUCAAACUGUCUGGUGCCAAACCACCAUCACCACCACCACCACCAUGCCGGUUACAUGGUUUCCACUAAUCUGACGAAUAUGAGAAUUCGUCCUCAAGAAUAUUAUAUGGACACUCCUCACAUAUAGCAGACGUAGACCUCGAAAUAUCACAUGUUUCAGCUUGUCGACAUGUAUAAUUAUUUUUAUUAUUAUUGUAUUAAAAUAUACUUUAUUUUGUUCGCUUUUA